AUGAAAGAGACACGUAGUGCUGUCGAAUUGUUAGUGAUGGUCUCAAACGAUUUGCCGCGACUCUUUGAUCCAUUUAUUCGCGAUCAAGUGACUAAUAUUCUUGUGAAAAACAAGUCUCGUGACGACAAUAACGAGUCAAAUGGUAAAGAUUUCAAUGUGAUACUUGGAGCUUUGGAGAUUCUUGCGAAUUAUGCACAGCAUUGGUCUACUACAAGUGACAUAAAAGACGACAAUAGAAUACCAUCAAAAGUGCUUAUUGAGCGACUUCAGAAGUUUUGUCUUGGCGAUGUAGCUCAGUCUUUAAAUGCUACGAAAACAAGACGAGCAGCAGAGUUGGCGGCAGUGGCACUUACUCAUUUUUACGGCAAAGCAAAACCUACAAUACAAGUGCUUAAAAAGUUAUGCUCGAAAGAAAAAGUUGGAUCUUCAUCGCAAGGUGGAGUGUUAGCAGCAUUGCAAAGUCUGGUCGUUUUUUCGAAACAUUGUAGCUAUCAAUUUAACGAAAAUCCGUCUCUGGUUUCUCAUUUAUGGACGUUAUUGUUUGACGAAUUGAUUAAUAAACGAGAUGAAGCUUUUGAUUCAAUUUCUGAAGGUAGUACACCAAAGAGUAAACGACUUGCUGCAGCAAAGACCACGGAAAUUCGAUGCUUAGGUCUUAAAGUUUUGGUAAAUUUGGCCGUGUAUGUCCCUCAUGAAUCGUCUCAAGAAGCAGCAAAGCUUAUGAAACUUUUGGUUGAAAUAUUGCGCUCGAAUGGAAGUAAAUUUGCAGUCACUAGUGCUCAAACUGCGAUGUUUCGUUUGACAGCAUCGUGUGGUCUAUUAAAAAUGAUGCGAAAUCCACAACUUGAAACUUUGCUCUCUAUCUCGGAAUGGCAUUUACUUGGUCUCAGUAUUCAAGAUUCAAGUGAAGAAGUUCGUCGUCAAUUUUUAAAGAAAUUGACAUCUCACGUCGUGAAACAUUCGGUGCGACAUCCACAUAAAUAUCUCAGUUACUUGGCUUUAGUAGCUACUGAAACAACUUUUAGCUUAAAGAAAGAAGCUCGAAAUAUUCUUAAGAUUGCAGUUGAACGCAUGCGACGGAUGUUUGAUGCAGCAUCUGAAAAUUCGAAUCCCGACCAAGAUCCGAAUUUAAAUGCAGUGAUUGUACCUGAAUAUGCUCUACCUUAUGUGAUUCAUCUACUAGCUCACCAUCCCUCGUUUCCAACUAAUUUGGUCGAAAAAACAUCAUCAGUUUCCAUACUUCAAAGCGCUGAAUGGAGUGAUCAAUUGGCAUAUUUAGAAUUUUUUCUAGAUGGGUUAGUCUCUCCGAAAUCAGCCGCUGACAAUAUUGCGUUUCUACUGCAGAUGUUGACAAAACUCUCGCAAUAUCAUGAUGUGAUUGCACCGAAUGAUCUUGCAAUGUAUCCACUUAUUGACAUGACUGCGAUGUUACUUAAGAAGCGUAUUAAGACUCAAUCCGACUUAAAACCGUUUCCAGGGAAAAUCUUCUUACCAAAGCAUCUCUAUCAAUUCGGUCGAUCGAAUCGAGUUUUCACUUCUGAUGGAAGGAAGGAACCCGAAGCACCAGAUUCACUUUCAAUUCGCAGCUCAAGACUUAACACUUCAUUGUCACCUAUCAAGCCGAUGGAGUUUGGAACACAUUUUCUCAAGCUUCAUUCUCCAAUCGAUAGCUCAUUACCAAGUGCUCGAAAGAAACGCAAACGCUUUCUUGAUACUAUUCAUGAUGAAGAUGAAAUUCAAGAUGAAGAGAAAGAAAAUACGAUUGAUCAAGAUAAUGAAAUGAUUGAAAAGUCUACUCAACAUCAAUCGGUUCGUGGGCAAUUACGACCUGAAGCACGUACAUUUGCUGAUACUUCAAGCGAUAGUGAAGCUGAAUCCGAUACAUUUGAUCGACGUUCGCUUUCUAUUGCAUCAAUUGCUUCAUCACUCCAGUCAAUACCUUCAAUUAUUGAAGAAGAUGAGAACAAAGGGAAUGCUAAAAAGCGUGUAACACGAAAAGGAGUGGCGACGAAUGUUUUGAAAUAG